GUUUGGUAACACCAGUUGGUAUUUUUUCAUCGCGCCACGACGGUCACACGGACACACGAAACUCGCAAAACAGCCGCAGACGAACAACAAAAAAACAUUUGUAAAAAUGUCGCGUCAAGCAUUUUAAUUUCACUGGAUUCGAACUGCACCGAGUGGACGUGGACGCCAGGAAUCCGAGGAGUCAUCCGUAACGCCAUCGCCGCAUUUCCCAGCACCGUUCCGCCGCAUAUAUCAUCACAAAUACACUGAAAUAUACCGCAGUAUUUUCACACUUUUCGAGGACCUUCCCCAGCACCACAGCCAGGACAUGACGGACAAGGAGAGCGAACAGUGCACCGUAUCGGUCUUCGACCAGACCCCCGGUUCCGAGCAAAAGAAGAUCAAUGUGGUGGUGCGCGCCCAGUAUACCGUGAAGCGUGUCAUCGACCUAAUUGCCACCCAGUUCCCAUACGGAAAGUUCGAGCUGCUUCUCCAGCCGCACGACAACAAGGAUCUGGUCCAUCUGAAUGCCCUGGACUCGCAACUACUGUUCGAUGUCGAAGGCUUUGAGCGGCAGUUGAAGAACCAUCUGUUUCUCCUGCCCUCCGGCAGCUGGGACGGCGAUGUGGCCAAACGAUUCGAGGUGCCCAUGAAGAAGCGCCAGGUGGUGGUCACCCUGCGGCCCAAGGAAGCGAAAAAAGAUGGCGAGACGAAGGCCAAGAGUCCAGUUUCUGGGGAGAAAAAGAAAGUUAAAAAGAAGGUAGUAGCUGGUUCGGGUACGUCGUCGCCGAGCAAGGCAAAGGUGACGGGUGAUGACGCCAAAGCCAGCGUCAGUUCAGAAUCCAGCCCAGAAAAGAGUCCGAAGGCUAGCUCAAAGAUUGGCGCCACUCCAAAGACGACGCCUUCGGCGGAGGUAGCUUUAGCUCCGGAAGAGGCGCCUCAAGCAACUCCCACAUCGACACCAGAAGCUAGUCCCAAAGUCCCAGCGACAAAGAAAAGCUUAAAGCUAACACCGGAUUCCCCGAGUCCGGUGAAGCCGGCAUCACCUAUUAAGGAGAUCGAUUGCGAGCCCAUCGACCAGUUGACCAACAGCGGCAUAUCCGAGCAGCUGCAACAGCUUCCUCAGAGCAGAAACCUUAUCUCCCCGGUGGAUAAUCCCCUCUCGGAUCUGUGCGUCUCGGAUGUGGAACAACUGUCUGAUGAUGACUUGGCUCUGGGCGCCUCCGCCAGCCCCACGAUGAUGGGCCCCAGCUACGACUUUGGAGGAACGAACAACGACAUGGACGGGGAGGCAACUAUUGGCGAGGGAGAUCAAACGACUAGUGGACCGGACGAUGGCCAGGAUCCAAUGUUAUCCAACUUUUAUCGCCGGAAGUAUGGCGGCGAUGAGCUGCCAUCGUGGAAGCGGAUCGAGACUACGGCGGCGGAUUUUGUGGCAUCCGCUACCACGGAAGCGGAGACGGGAUUGGCCAAAACCAAUGGCGGUCCCAGGGGCUAUGUGGGUCUGGUCAACCAGGCCAUGACCUGCUAUCUGAAUAGCUUGCUGCAGGCCUUGUACAUGACGCCCGAGUUCAGGAACGCUCUGUACCGCUGGGAGUUCGACAACGACAAUGAAGCGAAGAAUAUACCUUACCAGUUGCAGAAGCUAUUCCUGAACUUGCAGACCUCGCCCAAGGCGGCGGUGGAGACGACCGACUUGACCCGCAGCUUCGGCUGGGACUCAACCGAAGCCUGGCAGCAGCACGACAUUCAGGAGCUGUGUCGCGUAAUGUUCGACGCCCUGGAGCACAAGUUUAAGAACACCAAGCAAUCCAAUCUAAUCUCAAACCUCUACGAGGGCAAGAUGAACGACUACGUCAAGUGUCUGGAGUGCAACACGGAGAAGUCGCGGGAGGAUACCUUCCUGGACAUCCCAUUGCCGGUCCGUCCAUUUGGCAGUAGCUCGGCGUACGGCAGCAUCGAGGAGGCCCUGCGCGCCUUCGUCCAGCCCGAGACGCUCGACGGCAACAACCAGUAUCUGUGCGAGAAGUGCAAGAAGAAGUGCGAUGCCCACAAGGGACUGCACUUCAAGUCCUUCCCAUACAUCCUCACCUUGCACCUGAAGCGCUUCGACUUCGACUACCAGACCAUGCACCGCAUCAAGUUGAACGACAGGGUGACCUUCCCGCAGACUCUAAACCUGAACACGUUCAUCAAUCGGAGCGGCAACAGUGGCGACCAGAAUGCCCAGAUCAAUGGCACCGUGGACGAUUGCAGCACGGCGGACAGUGGCUCGGCCAUGGAGGACGACAACCUGAGCAGCGGCGUCGUGACCACCGCGAGCUCCAGCCAGCACGAGAAUGAUUUGAACGACGAGGACGAGGGCAUUGACAUGAGCAGCAGCACCAGCAAGAGCACCAAGCAGGGCUCCGGGCCCUACCUGUACGAACUCUUUGCGAUAAUGAUCCACUCGGGUAGUGCCUCCGGCGGCCACUACUAUGCCUACAUCAAGGACUUCGACAGCAACGAGUGGUUCUGCUUCAAUGACCAAAAUGUCUCCACCAUCACCCAGGAGGACAUCCAGCGCUCAUUUGGUGGACCCAACGGUAGCUACUACUCCAGUGCCUACACCUCCAGCACCAAUGCCUAUAUGCUGAUGUACCGCCAAGUGGACGCCAAGAGGAACGAGCAGGCGGCAAAGGUGGCCGACUUUCCGGAGCACAUCAAGAGUCUGCUGACUAAGCUGCACUCCGAGGAUGAGAACCGUAGCACGCGUCUGGGCAGGCACCACACAGUCCCGGACUUGGCUCUGCCGGAUUUGUACAAACCUCGUGUCUACUUCUACAAUCCGUCACUGAAGAAGAUGAAGAUCACAAGGGUCUACGUAUCGCAGAGUUUCGACAUCAAUCUAGUGCUGAUGUCCGCCUACGAUAUGCUGAAUGUGGAGGAGUUUGCGCCCCUAUCCCGCUGUCGGCUGGUGGCCUACAACUCGACCAUGGAGACGAUCAUCCAGUCCCUGGAGAACUGCUCCGAUCCGGCGCUUACCGAGCUGCGUGCCUCGCAAAACUACAGUUUGGACUUCCUGCUGGAGUACAGGGCGGAGGACCAACAGUUCGAGACCUAUGCCCCGGAUGGAAUCACGUGGUAUGUGUUUAUGGUAGAUCUAUCGACCAUGGCGAUGGACGGUCCCUUCCUGGUUUACUCAGCAGCGAGGGAACGCGAACCCAGCGACGUCCUGCGCCGCUCCAUCGCCGUCCGUUUACACAUUAGCGAGCAACAGUUCCUGCUUGCCACGGUGCGCGGCACGGUGCCGAAGGCUUUCGUCGCCUACGAUCCCCAUCCGACGCCCGAGGCGCAGCUGCAACUCCAGAAUUUGGCCAACACCCAGUUCAAAUCAAUUACGUACUUUUACUUGAAUGUCCCGAACACAGACGCCGCCAGUCUAGAAAUGCUUGGCGUUCCCAGCAUGGAGACCAUCGAGACUGCAAGUGGAGGGGAUGUGGUAGACGCCGCCAUGAUGAACGGACACGAGGGAGCCGGGGGCUACAGCAGCCACAACGACAGCGAUUGGCGGCACUGCAAGCGGGAUGUUCUCGAGCUACUGUCACAAACGCAGCCCAGUCCCAGUCAUGGGCAUGAGUCCAACUCCGAGGACAGCAGUCUCAGCGAUGGUGAUCGGACCCUGGUGGAAACAGAGAAUCUGGCACACCGGGGAGGCGGCGAUAGCCAGGUCAGCUCCACCAGCCACUCGCCGCAGUUGUCCAGCCCGGAGGAUGAGGCGGCAUCUCACGAUGCUAUGAUGCGGGUACAUGCCUACUGCAAUGGCCACGGUAGCUAUGCGGCUGCCGAUGUCGUGGAUCCAUUGUUGUUGCCCCCCAGCACAUCGUACUUCUUCCACGCCAGUAAAAUAAAGUGCGUGGACGUCGUGGGAAGUAGUUCUACUUCGGGCCAUCAGUCCGAUGAGGAAGCCCAGCUGAGGAAACCCACGCAGGCCUACAAGCUCCUGGUCGGCACUCACAUGCGAAUGGUGGCCUUCAAGCGACACAUCGAACAGCUUAUCCAGGUGCCCAGCGCAUACUUCAAGCUGCAGCGGAAGCACGAGAGCAACAUCCCCAGCAAUCAGAACAACUCCCUGGUCUUCCUCACCGAGGGCGAAACUUUAACGGUGGAGCUCGGCAAGAACCUCCAGGCAGAUGAGUACAAGGCCAAAAUCCACUUCCUGCGAUUGGGCGAUCUGGACAACGAGACGUCGCGCCUCCCAUGUGUCUGCGAAUGGGUCUACAAUGCCAACACCACCGCCGAGCAGGCCAAGCAGGAGCUGGUGGCCAAGCUGCAUCGCAUGGACGCCAAGUACGCCACGCUCACAGUGGACAACUGCCGGAUCUGGCUCAAGGGCGGGCGCAGUCCAAUCAAAAUCCUUGCCAACGACGAGACGCUCUACUGCGAUAUGCGCUCCAGCGUGGCAGCGGAGUUCAUUGUGCAAGAGUGCGAGAGCGGAGUUAACCCCCAGCCCAAGGACGACACAAUGACCAUAUUCGUGAGGCGAUGGUGUCCGGCCAAGUUGGAGUUUGGAAAGUUCCAGGAAAUAACACUAGACCAGGACACCGACAUCAGAUACUCAUUAUCACAGAUUAGCGACAUCACCAUGGACAAAAUGAGCUAUAUGAAGGUGAACAGCAACUUCCCCUGCACAAGCAUAUCGGCGGUGAGCGUGAACGAGUCCUCCAGCUGGUACUCGGUGCCAUGCAGCGUGGACAAGUACCCACUGAACACGACGCAGACGGGCAACAUCUACUUGUACAAAGAUAAGAGCAUACCCAUCAAGGAUCUGACACUGGACGAGCGACGGCAGUUGAGUGCCAGGGAAAAGGCCAGAUUGGAUCGAGUUGGCUGCGUUUCGACCACCCGGUACUCCCAGCGUCGGGAGCGCGCCUUAAAAAUCUACCUGGACUCGCCGGAAAAGUCGAGCACCGUGACCGCCUCGGCGCCCAUGGACGUCCAUGUCGACAAUUAGGAUGAUGAACUAAAUGGGCCGCCAGCCAGCAGCUACUAAAAAUACACCAAAAAAAAAAAAACAAGAAAAGAAAAACGAUAAAAACUUGUAUUCAAUUAAAUCCCAGAUCCUUUCCCGCA